AACGGGGAGGCCGUGCCAGAGCUUUGUCUGAUGGAUGGAUGGUGUGUUUACAGUCUGGCUCACUCCCCCUUAAUGUGAGCUUAAUGUCAGUCCACUUCCUUGUCAUAGCGGAGACCAGGAGCUUAUAGCGAGCACGCCAGCGCGUAUACACACGUAUACACACACACACACACACACACACACACACGCGCGCGCGCGCACUGAGCGCAUUAAACUCCUUUCAUCGCACCUUCCAUCACACGGGAUGGCGAGGCGACCGAGACACAGUGUUUACAGCAGCGAUGAAGACGAUGACGAUGUGGAGAUUUAUGAUCAUGAUUAUGAUGCACCGUUAGCCAAAACGGGAAAACGGCACCUCGGCAAAACACGAUGGACACGUGAAGAGGAUGAGAAGUUGAAAAGACUGGUGGAACAUCACGGCUCAGAAGAUUGGAAAGUCAUUGCCAGCUUUUUGCCUAACCGCACAGAUGUCCAGUGUCAGCACCGCUGGCAGAAAGUCCUCAACCCAGAGCUCAUUAAAGGACCCUGGACCAAAGAAGAAGACCAGAGGGUGAUCGAGCUGGUGCAGAAGUACGGUCCAAAACGCUGGUCAGUGAUAGCGAAGCACUUAAAGGGGCGUAUCGGCAAGCAGUGCCGUGAACGCUGGCAUAAUCACUUAAACCCGGAGGUAAAGAAGACAUCCUGGACAGAGGAGGAAGAUCGCAUCAUCUAUCAGGCCCACGAGAAACUCGGCAACCGCUGGGCCGAGAUCGCCAAACUGCUGCCGGGCAGAACUGAUAACGCCAUAAAGAACCACUGGAACUCUACGAUGCGCCGUAAAGUGGAACAGGAAGGCUAUCUGCAGCACACAUCUAAAGUCAGCUCAUCACAAAUAACCAGCGGAUACACGAAACCGUCCCACCUGCUCAACUACAGCCACACUCCAACCAGCAGCUCCAUGCCAGCCAGCCCCAUCACUAACCAGUACCCGUACUACAUCUCCGACCCACAACGGGUGCCGUUUCCAUUGGCUCUGCAGCUGAACAUUUUUAACAUCCCUCAGCACGGCACUGCAGCUAUACAGAAACACUAUAACGAAGAAGAUCCAGAGAAAGAGAAGAGAGUGAAGGAGAUUGAGAUGCUUCUGAUGUCGACAGAGAAUGAGCUGAAAGGACAGCAAGCACUACCCAUCUCCAUGGCCAGUUACACAUGGGGUCGCGGCUCUUUGACCGACUCCUCUGUAGGCGUGGCUGUCUCCGUCCCAGCCCCGCCCUUGGAGCAGGGCUGCCUACCAGAGGAGAGCGCUCACGGCAACACAAACAGCCCACACAGUAGCAGCGGCACGAACGGCGGCAGCAGCGCAGGCAACAGCGGAGUCCUGGCAGCCUUACCAGAGUUCAUGGACGCCAUCGACUCUAACGUCUCAGCGUUGGAGGACAAGAUCCGCAAUAGGAGUUUGACUAAAGCGCAUAAGGCUGCAAGCUCGAACGGCGACGACGUCGGCUUCUUGACGUCCGCUUGCUCCACGCCUAAGCGUUCUGACACGAGCAGCCUGCCCUUUUCUCCCUCUCAGUUCUUAAACGCUUCUGUGAGUCCAGACUCGGACAGUCAGAGUCUACCCGUCUCACCCUCGGCCGUGUGCUCCCAGAAGCCGCUGCAGCCCGACCUCUCGCUCCACCACCAGAAGGAGAAUGAUAUGUUCAGGACUCCGAAUUUAAGGCGCUCCAUCAUGGAGUGUUCUCCUCGGACGCCUACUCCGUUCAAAACAGCACUGACCCUGCAGGACACCAAAUACGGGCCGCUGAAAAGGGCUCACAGCCCUCCUGUAGACGCGGUAGUCGGCGGAAUUAAGCAGGAGCCUCAGGAAUGUGAAGUGAGCGUCGGAGGAGCACAUAAUGAGCAGCUUCCACUCAAGAAGAUUAAACAAGAGGUUGAACCGACUUGUCUGCAGUGGGAAGGACAGAAUCUUCAUGCACAGCUUUUUUCUUCAAGUGGCCCCACACACAAUAUGCCGGACCUGCUGACGAGCUCACUGCUGAUGCUGCCCGGGUCGGAGAAGAGCGAGGACGCUCAUAAAGCCGCCCAGAUGCCCCGCAGGACCCUGGCGAGUCCGGUGCAGCACGUGGGCACAUGGGAGCAGGUGCUUUGUGGGAAGACCGAGGACCAGCUUCUGCCCUCGGAGACGCCACACAAAUACCUCAACAACUUCUGCCCCCGCACGCUGGUCAGGUAGGAGACACGCGGGGAGUGUCGAGGCGCGAGGUCAAGAGACCGAAGACAAUCAUUCUACAAUAAUGGAAAGAGAAAAAAACACUCCAUGGCCGCUCCUUAGGCGGGGUUGAGUCAUUGUGGUACAUGAUUUGGGAGAGGCGUAGAGCCAUUCAUUUGACUGCACAACCAUCAAUUAAGUUGUGCUUUUCCGUGUUGGAUGUCAGCCAACCAAAGAAAACGAAACUGGUUUUGUUUUAUGUUUGUUUUUUCUACUUUUUCUAUUCUGUUUGUCGUCUUUUAUAUUUGAAUAAUAUUGUAUUAUAUAUUUUGUAUUAUACGUGGGAAAAUGAACUGUCUAUGAGGGCUCUAAUUGUAUGGAUUUUAAUAUAAAUAACAAUUUGUAAUAAUUUAUUAUUUUGUAUUAAGAAUAAUUAAAACUAUGACGGGCGCAUUUGUCAGUGUUGGAUCCCAGUAUUCGAGCAUCCUGCUAAUUUUAUUUAGUCUACCGUGCUUUAACUGUAAGGAGCGUGUUUCCUUCGAGCAUUACCAUGAUUUACACACCUGUAGCCCAGCAGUGCUGCCUCACAAAUCACGCAAAGAUGUUUAAGUAACCCAAAGCACUGAUAGUGCCUCAUAGUUCACAUUGCCAAGUUCGGAAAUAACGCGUGUCCUUUAACGAGGCACUCGUCAUUUCAAAGUGUUACCAUUUCAAAAUUGAAAAGAAACAAAAAAAAAAAAAAAAACAAGUAAAAAAACGCCCAGGAUUCGAUUCGCAUCCUGUUAGCACUAUCUUAAACUCGAUCAACAAAAGCUAGAAAAGCAAAAUUUCAAUUGAACAAAAUAAGUGUUGUUUUUUUUUUUACAAUUUUCUACCAAGCUAAAAAGCAAACAAACAAAAAAACCCCCCCACAAAUAAAAGGUUUACCAAGCGUGCUUUCAUAUCAAAGGCCUCAGUGACAAAAAAAAGAGCUUUUGAUUUGAUGAGACAUUUCUUUACACUUAAUUUCAUAUUUCAUAACACUGUUUUUUUUUAAUACUCCAGCAUGUUGACGGUAUUUUACGAACACUGAAUUUUUGUUUCUGAAUAACUGUGCCUUUUCUUUGUGAUACUAUUAUAUGCUUUUUAUACCAAGACUAUUGUGGCCAAUCAAAAAUAUUUAGCGGUAACGUUUUUUGUUAUUUGCUGCCUUUUUUUGUAUUAGCGGAAAGUACAAACACUUUUUUUUUAUAUACAUGAGACAUUUUCUACACGUUUUUUUUAAUGUGUCUUUUUUUUAAAAACUGCCAUGUGAAUAAAGUGUGUUUUUGGAAC